AUGUAAUCAAUCGAAACAGAAAAAAAUUAAUUGAAUAUGAUGAUCAAGUCCUGAAUCGAUCAUAUGGUUCAUUGAGUCGCCGAAAAAAAGAUAGAAUUGUAACGAGCAUACAAAGGGUACAUCAAAGAUCUCGUAGUGUUGGCAACGAUAAUCAUUUCUCACUUUGUUUAUCACCGUGUAAACAAAAUCUUAGCAAUAUGUCAUCAACUCGAUAUAGCAAUUAUUCAGAUGGCAUUAGCGGUAAUGGUAGCAAUGGUAAUAGCAGUGGUGGUGGAUUAUUUAAUCCAUUUAAAGCAACAAAAAAAUUUCUCAAAAAGAUAUAUGAUACAGCAACAUUACCCAGUCGGUUACAUUCAAAAGUAUUAGUUUCAAGUGUAACAGAGCAAAGCGAAAUUCCAACAACAUCAUUAUCAUCAGAGCAAUCAUUUCUUGAUGCGAGCUAUUCCUUGGAAUUACCGGAUGAUGAGUUACCGGAUCAGUAUGAUGCAAAUAAUAUUGCUAAUCAGGAUACAACAAAUUCCUGCAUCUUUACCAGUCAAGGUUCUGAUUCCGCACCAUCAAUAAUGAAAUCAAUGAUUGUUGUUGAUGAUGCAAUGAAUGAUUCGGGUUUGUCAAGGUCAAUAAGCUCCAGUGACUCUCAAAAAACAUUUUCUGGUGAUUUUCGAUCCUGGAACGAUGUAUUCAAUCAUCUUAAGCGUGAAAUGGUAAAUGAUUAA